AUGGAACAGAACCGCUCUCCCUCCCCCGAACCUCGUCCCUCCAAGUUUCCAAAGGUCGGCCCGGACGGCCAGCCACUCAAGGCCACCGUCAAGUCUGUCGACAUGUCUGAAGAAAUGCAGACCAAGGCCGUGGAGACCGUCUUUGACUCUUUCGACCGAUACGAUGAAAUGAAGGACAUGGCGAUGUAUGUCAAGAAGCAAUUUGACAGGAUGUACGGCACUACGUGGCACUGCGUCAUCGGAAAGAACUUCGGAAGCUUUGUCACCCAUGAAUCCAAAAACUUCAUCUACUUUUACCUGGGACAAGUGGCCAUCCUUCUCUGGAAGACCACAUAG